AUGAAUACGUCAGAACCCUAUUAUAACUAGGAUUAAAAGCAUUCCUAACAGAAUAAGAGUUUGAUUGAGCCUUCAGUAAAUCAAUUUAUUGUUAAGCAAGAACUAUAAAUAUCUCAAAAGCAAAUUGACUAAGAAACAUUUAAUGUAAUCACUAAUACUCGAAGAGCUUUCUCCAAAAGACCUUCAAUUGUAGUUCAAGACUCUAUAGAUGAUUAGUAAAAGGCUUUCAAUUUAACAUUUAAUGAAAUAAAAUAGUUUUAGCCUUAAUCUCAAAGAGAAAAUCAUAGGAGAAGUAAUCAUCUGUAGCACCAAUUAGCAGCGUUAUCACUUUAGCCUGAAGAUUCUGUCAAGCAUUUACAGAUUGAUCAAUUGAAUAGAAUUUAGGAAAUUUCGGAAAAUACCCUUAAAAAGUAUGCACCAAAUAAUUUUGCUUCAAAUACAAGUCUAAAACUAAGAGAGCUAGAAAAUUUGCUAGAUUUAGGUUAUAGUAAAUAGGAAAUAAUCAAGUAGAUGCAGAUUGAAGCAGAUCCAGAGAAUAAUAAUAAGGGGACAUAUAAUUUUUCUAAAAACGACUCUGAAAUAAAAUUGAUAAAGCAGGGUCAAUAACCAAAGCUCAAAAUCCUGUUAUCAAAAUAAUAUAGAAAUAUUUUCCAGCUUGAAAAACCUUCUUUUAAGAAGAUGAGCCCAUCAAAGUUUUUCUCUAAGUAUAAUGAAAUAGUUGAAAGAUAUGUGUCCCCUGAUUUAGAUGAUUAGCAUCAGGCUGACAUUAUCAGAUCAAAGUUGAGAGAGCUAAUCACUUUCAAGAGGAAAAAAAGGUCACUUGCAGACUUUAGUAUGAGUAGAUAGGAUUCAUAAUAAGGACAGCAUUAAUUGCAUAAAAGCCAGGUAUCAGGACAAGGAAGAGUCAACAUUAAUUUUCAAUAAGUCAAGAAUCCUUUAAUGAAUGAACUACUAAAGAGUUAAAGAGUAAAAUCAGUUAGAAAUAGCAUUGAAAACUCUUAGUUUUCCUCAAUUGACACAUCUAAGUUUAUAAAUAAUAGUUUAUCUAAGAUAAAUAGUGUUUCGGAUAGUACUAAAUUCCUAUCAGUCAUCCCGACUAAUAGAGUAGGGAGUCAAAAUAAAUAUAAUCAUAGGAGAAAUGAGAGUUUCUCAAAAAUCAUGAGUAUUCAAUAGUCUUGCGAAUCCUAGAUUUAGCUAAGCUAAAAUACAGUCAAAGAUUUUAAAUCUUUCGAGAAAAAACAGAGUUAAUUGCAGGAGGAAUCUCUAAUCCUGCAAAGUUCAAUUCAUAAUUUGCAAAAUUUGCAAAUGCUCGGAGAUAAUUCCCAAAACUUUGAGGAAAUUAAGUAAGAUGUAGCAUUUGAGUGUCAGCAGGAUAAAGAACAGCAAAUGGAUAAUGAAACCCUAGAUAAAUACAUUACAGAUAAUAAGAAGAAUUCAUUAUUUAUUGCAAGAUACGCUAAAAGGAGAUAGCUUUGGAAACCUGAAAAGUUUAAAUACAGUCGAAAAGUAAAGAUUGCUGAGAAUUACGAUUAGCUUCUAAGCAAGUGA